AUGCCUAUCUGGCACAUCUUUCACCCCUCCAGCGUCUUCACGGACCCGCGCGAGAAGGCAGAGCUCGUCAAAUCCAUCACGCCUCUCUACACCGGGGGCGGUCUCCCAUCGUUCUACGUCAACGUGUACUUCCACAAAUUCGCCCCGGGCGACGCCUGGACCGACUACCGGUACAUGGGCGACGUCGCGGAGCUACAGGGCGGAGAUGCGGUGGAGGGCGUCCGGAAGAGGGAGAGGCCCUUCGUCAGAUUUCAGAUCGACCAGAUUGCCGUCCAUAUUGAGAACGAGGAGUGGGCCAGGAGGUGGUGUGAUAAGGUUGAUCAAGCGCUCAAGCCCCACAUCGCCGACAAAGGGUAUGAUUGGGAGUACCACAUCGACGAGACGCCGCGGUCCCUGUGGCGCAUCAACGGGCUGGCGGCGCCGCCAUGGAAGGGCGAGGUGGAGCGGAAGUGGUUCGUGGAGAACAAGCCGACCCCUUGGGUCGAAGAGGACAAGACUGAUGGGGGCGAUGCGAAGCUGUAG